AUGCGUUCAUUGCUAAGACCCAGGCCAGCCAUUUUACGGCACCACUGGUCAAUUACGAGGCGACGAUGCCUCGCGACAGUCUCUAACGAUUCAAAGCCUUAUGAUGUCGUGGUAAUCGGAGGUGGCCAUGCUGGCGCCGAGGCAUGUGCUGCUGCUGCGAGAGCUGGAGCACGAACGGCCUUGGUCACUCCAAAGAUUGAUAAUUUAGGAACAUGUUCCUGCAAUCCGAGUUUCGGCGGUAUCGGUAAAGGUACAAUCAUUCGUGAAAUUGAUGCGCUUGAUGGACUGGCUGGCAGGAUCAUCGACAAGUCCGGUGUACAAUUCCACACAUUGAAUAGACGAAAGGGUGCAGCUGUUUGGGGUCCACGGGCGCAAAUCGAUCGCGAUCUCUACAAGAAACACAUGCAGGCCGAACUCACUUCGUACCCGAACCUAUCGAUCGUACUCGACAGCGUGUCGGACAUUGUCCUUACACCACAGGAUGCCAUGGACGGGGCUUCAAGUCGUAUUGCUGGAGUACGUCUCGAGUCAGGCCAGAUCCUCCCAACGAGCAAGGUCAUCAUAACAACCGGAACAUUCCUCGGUGGCGAGAUCCAUAUCGGCCUCAAUGCGUAUCCUGCCGGUCGGCUUGGUGAGGCAGCGACGUUUGGUCUGAGCAAAUCGUUACGCGAUGCAGGCUUCCAGCUAGGACGACUGAAGACGGGAACACCUCCUCGAAUCGAGCGGGAGAGCAUCAACUACAAUGUUCUGGAAAGGCAAUAUGGCGAUGACCCACCAUCACCCUUUAGUUACCUCAACGAUACAGUAGCGGUGCAAGAACAACUCACUUGCAGCGUGACGUAUACAAACGAGAAGACACACGACAUCGUACGCGACAACCUUGAUAAGACGAUUCAUAUCCGAGAGACAGUCAGAGGCCCACGCUACUGUCCUUCAUUAGAAUCGAAGGUCAUUCGCUUUGCCGACAAGACUCGACAUAUCGUGUGGCUUGAACCAGAGGGCUUUGACAGCGGGGUCAUUUAUCCGAAUGGCUUGUCUAUGACCAUUCCUGCUGAGGCCCAGGAACAGGUUUUGCGCACGAUACCAGGUCUCGAGAACUCAAAGAUGCUUCAGCCUGGGUACGGUGUCGAAUAUGACUAUAUUGACCCCCGAGGGCUGAAGUCAACUUUAGAAACAAAGGCAAUCAGUGGGUUGUACCUCGCGGGACAGAUAAAUGGAACAACUGGAUACGAGGAGGCAGCUGGUCAAGGUAUCCUCGCAGGCAUUAACGCAGGCCGCUCAGCCCAGCAUCUUCCAGGGGUCUCACUCAAACGAAGUGAUGGAUAUAUCGGGAUUUUGGUGGAUGAUCUUAUAACCAAAGGCGUCACGGAGCCUUACCGAAUGUUCACCUCACGUAGUGAAUUCCGCAUGGCAGCACGUGCCGACAAUGCCGAUUUCCGACUGACAGCCAAGGGCCAUGAAUGGGGCGCUAUAUCCGAACAGCGCUGGAAUAGCUAUAGAGAUGAGCGACAACAAAUCGACGAUCUUACGAAAGCGUUGCAGUCGGUGUCUCUGAGCCCAACGGAAUGGAUCGAAAAGGGGUUUCAUGUAAAACGUAACACGACCCGCCGCGAUGGCAUCGACAUGCUCCGCCUCUCAAGCACGAACACACGUAUCGAGCUCGCGCAGCUUGCAUCAGUCAUACCAAGUAUCAUGGACUAUUCACCACGUAUACGAAACCGUGUCGCAAUCGAGGCAUUUUAUGCGCCAUACAUCAAGAUCGCCGAAGUGGAACGGAAACAGUUCACGAACGACGAGCGCGUGCGCAUCCCUCUCGACCUCGACUAUGGUAGGAUCCCAGGCCUUGCUUUGUCAGAGAAGGAAGCGCUUAGGGUAGCGAAGCCGGAGAAUCUGGCGCAGGCCAGGCGUGUCGAGGGUGUGACUCCGUCGGGUAGCUUACGUCUGCUGGCAUACGUUCGACGGAAGCCUACUCGCAAUGUGUUGGAGGAGGCAAUGGAAGUUCCAUGA